UAAAUAAAAAAUAGUAUGAUGACAAAGAAAUGAAAUUUUUACUCUAUGCAAGUUCUACUAUGUUUUUUCCUUAGACCUGGAAGUUAUAGAGAUAAAUUAUGGCCCAUAACAGCAAUUUCAUAAAUUAUGGUCUGAAUUAAUAGAGGCCCAAACUUAGUAGAAAAAAAUGAAGGUACUCAAAUACUUAUAUAAAUUUUAAAAUAUUA